CUAAUGUUCCUCAAACCCGGCCCAACUUUAAAGCUUCUAUGGGAAAAAAACUAAACUUGGAUGACUGAAAUGAAAGAAAUAAUAACAUAAGGAACUGAACGGAGAAGGAAAGACAAAGAGAAAAGAAGGGUGGCCGUCGUUCUCUAUCUUAGCUAAAGGGUUUCAGCUGCCGGGGACCGUCUGAGAUACAAUUGAAAGGGAAAAAAGGUCGUCGGAAACAGAGAAGAAGAAGAAGAAGCUACUGCUCUCCCGCUCCGAGGUCUACUGAAUUGUCACCAUUUCACUGUCGCCGGGGGAGAUAGGGAAGGAUUUCUAGUACUUGUUCCUUGUCAGAUGUCGCAUAGAUAAAGAAAUUGGAGAGGGAAGCGAAAAAGCAGGUCUUUGGAUCCGAGAGAGAGAGAGAGACCAGUCAUCGGAUUCUACUGUUCCCGCGGCGACAUUGCCCCAUCGCCGAGCUACACUGUGUGGGAGGAAGCUAGAGGCUGAAUUGGGUCCGUUGUGAAAGUCUGACUACUUGUCGUCUGUAUUGCUGUGAAUCGAGGGGAUAGCUGCUUUGAGACGGUAGCUGGAUUGCAAUUGAAUCAUCCUCUGCCCUCAAGACUGGGUAUCUUUCUUCUUCUCCUCCUUCUUCUUUAUAUCUGAUUCUCAUUUCUCUGUGAAUGUUCCUUGUUUCAAAGUUGAGAAAUGGAGCAUCAAUUGGCUUCUGGAAAUUCUUUAUCAUAGUUUGGCGAAUGACGGAUCAACGCAAUGUUGGUAGUCUAAAGGUUUUGAAUUUAGUGACUGAAGUUACUGUUGGAUUCCCGUGCUGGCCAUUCGUUGCAAUACAGAGUUUAAUCUUGAGAUAUGGGUUUUUUGUUUCUGAUUUUGAUAUGUUGAUUGGAUAUUUGCAGAUAGUAAUAGGUAAUGGUACCAUCUACCAACGAUGUAGAUGAAACAGUUGAAAUGGAGGAGGAGACUUCAGAUGAUGGACAGGACACAGCUGCACCACCAGAAGCAGUUGAGAUGGAUGAGGAGAUUUCAGAUGAUGGACAGGAGACAGCUGCACCACCAGAACAUCAAGAAGAAGAUGAGCCAAUCUUCCUAGAACCAUGCGAGGGUAUGGAAUUCGAUUCAGAAGACGCUGCAAAGAUAUUCUACGACGAAUAUGCACGAAAGCUGGGAUUCGUCAUGCGUGUGAUGUCAUGCCGUCGGUCUGAAAGGGACGGGAGGAUUCUUGCUCGUCGGUUCGGCUGUAACAAGGAAGGUCACUGUGUUAGUGUUCGAGGCAAACAAGGUAACGUUCGAAAGCCACGACCCAGCACGAGGGAAGGAUGCAAGGCUAUGAUUCAUGUCAAGUUUGAUAAAUCCGGGAAGUGGGUGAUCACGAAGUUUGUGAAGGAACACAAUCAUCCGCUCGUUGUUGUUGCACACCGUGAAGCCCGCCAAACAUUGGAUGAGAAGGACAAACGGAUUCAAGAGCUGAGCAUGGAGAUACGAAACAGGAAGAGGUUAUGCACGGUGUAUCAGGAACAGCUAUCCGCAUUCAUGAAGAUCGUCGAAGACCACUGCGAUCAGAUAUCGACGAAAGUGCAGAAUGUGGUGAGAAAUAUCAAAGAGUUGGAAUCUAUAGAGUAGGGACCUAUGGCUUCUUCUGCAGGAUAGAUAGUUUGCACGGGUUUUCAAGUCAUCUUAUACGAUUAUUUUCCUGCAAGUAAAAUGCAAUGUGAAUUUGUCAGUCAACUAAACAGAAGACUUGUGUAACAACCAAUGACAGGUUCACUCAUCUUGUAUAUGUUUACUUCAACUGAUCUUGAUUACCACUUCUUUCGUGUAAAAUUCUUAAACUUUGACAUGAAUGAUAGAACUUAUGGGUGUGAUUUGGCUAUGAUGGAAUUUGAGAACACAAAUUCGUUCAAAAGCUAAGUUGAGUGAUUAAUUUGUACAUGUCCCUAAAUUAUAGUGAGCGUUUGUGUAAAUGGCUAAUAAUCAUGUCCCCUUAUUUCCUGGCUCAUGUUAAAAGGAAAUUAUUUUGUCUCCUUCUAAUGAUUCAUUUUUUUCUUCAUUUGUUUAAUUUUAGGUUUUAUCAUGCUAGCAUGGUGAAUAAGAUUUCAUAAAUCUCCAAAAGUAAUGCUUUCUUUUUGGCUUUUCAUGUGUGAUUCAACCAUUUUAAAAUUGUAAGUUGUAACCCUAAUAAAAGAUUAACCUAGACACCCAACAUCAUUGAUUCAAUGGUCAUCAUCAUGAAACUACCAAUUACCAAUCCCUCUACAUUAUAACCACAAUUAUCAAAAUUGGUUUAAACUCAUCCAUAAUACGUUGUCUUGAUCUUAAGAGUUCGCAACUACUACUUCUUUGACCUACCGUAAUGAAUUUCUAUAUUACUAUUACAAUUAAAGAAGGAGAAAAUCAGUAAAUAAUUGACUAGACUCGAACCCAAUACAUUACCAUAAAAAAAAAAAGCGACAAUGAAUUCAUGACACUCCAAUCCUACUCGCUAAAUCUUGUUUUAUUAUUAACAUUCUACAGGCUAGAAUAAGGAGAAAGCAUUAAA